GUGUCAGGACACACGGCUCGCUUUCCGGCGGUGCUGUAGUCCGGUUUCACAACACACGGCUCGCUUGGCGGCAGCCAUGGCGGCGCGCUUCAGCGGGGUGCUGCAGCUGACGGAUCUGGACGAUUUCAUCGCCCCCUCGCAGGAAUGCAUCAAGCCUGUCAAGGUGGACAAAAAGCCUGGAAAAGCAGCAGCCAAGAUCAGGAUUGAAGCUGAUGGAAGCUAUUUCCAGGUCAAUCAGGAUGGGGAAGCCCAGAAGCUGGAGAAGGCCAAAAUCACCCUGAAUGAUUGCCUGGCCUGCAGUGGCUGCAUCACCUCGGCUGAGAGUGUCCUGGUGAGCCAGCAGAGCCACGGGGAGCUCUGCAAGGUGCUGGCCCAAAACAAGGCUGCUGCUGCCCACGAGCAGAAGCUGGUGGUGGUUUCUGUGUCCCCCCAGUCCAGAGCCUCCCUGGCUGCAAGGUGCAAACUGGGUUUGCUGGAGACAGCCCAGAAGCUGACCACCUUCCUCAAGGGCCUGGGUGUGCACCACGUGUUUGACACAACCUUCUCCAGGAACUUCAGCCUCCUGGAGAGCCAGCAGGAGUUUGUGAGGCGCUUCCAGAGACAAGCAGAGGACAAAAAGGCCCUGCCCAUGCUGGCCUCUGCCUGCCCAGGCUGGAUCUGCUAUGCUGAGAAAACCCAUGGCAGCUUCAAUCCCCACAUCAGCACCACCAAAUCCCCCCAGCAGGUCAUGGGCUCCCUGGUCAAGGGCUACUUUGCAGAGCAGCAGCACCUGCCCCCUGACAGGAUCUACCACGUCACUGUCAUGCCCUGCUAUGACAAAAAGCUGGAGGCCUCCAGGCCAGACUUCUUCAACCAGGAAUUCCAGACCAGGGAUGUGGAUUGUGUCAUCACCACAGGAGAAGUGCUGAAGCUGCUGGAGCAAGAAGGAGUGUCCCUGUCAGAUGUAGAUCCUUCUCCCCUGGACACCAUGCUCGGCAGGGCUGCAGAGGAGCUGAGCUCUCACCGUGGUGGGGGCUCAGGAGGGUUCCUGGAGCACAUCUUCAUCCACGCUGCCCGCGAGCUCUUCGGCAUCCACGGCGCCUCCAUCCACUACAGACCCCUCAAGAACAAGGACUUCCAGGAGGUGACCCUGGAGAGGGAUGGGCAGGUCCUGCUGCACUUUGCCCUGGCCUAUGGCUUCAGGAACAUCCAGAACCUGGUGCAGAAGCUCAAGAGAGGGAAGUGCCCCUAUCACUACGUGGAGGUCAUGGCCUGUCCCUCAGGCUGUCUGAAUGGAGGAGGGCAGAUCAAACUGGAGGGGGAAUCCAGCAAGGAGGAGCUGCAGCAGGUGGAGAGGCUGUAUGAAUCCCUGAGGGCUGAGGUGCCAGAGCAGAACCAGGCAGUGAGGGAGCUCUAUGAGCACUGGCUGGGGGGCUGGGGCUCACACAGGGCCCUGCAGGUGCUGCACACCCAGUACCACGCUGUGGAGAGAGCCAGCUCUGCCCUCAGCAUCAAAUGGUGAGAGCCUCAGUGCCUUCUGACCUCCACUGCUGAUCCUCCAGGGACUCUGCGCAGCCCCUGCCUCUGGGGAAGGGCCUGGCACUGCUCAUUCACCCCAAAUCUGCCUCUGGGGAAGGGCCUGGCACUGCUCAAUCCUCCAGUUGGAGAGUGAAGGGAUGGGAAUAAACCCCAAAUCUGAGGUGAGGGCAAUAAACCCCAAAUCUUCCUCUGGGUAAGUGCCUGACACUGCUCAAUCCUUCAGCUGGAACUGAUGGGAAUAAACCCCAAAUGUGAGGUGAGGGCAAUAAACGCCAAAUCUGGCAGGGACACAGCAGGAGAGGCAGGAACACCUCCCAGGCUGAUGGGACAGCCCCAGAGCUGAGAGUUCAAGGAUCUGGAGCCCAGCUCCAGGCUGAGCUUUGUGCCACAGCCCAGUGUUCCUGCCCAGGCCCUGCUGGGCUGUCACAGCACUCAGAUCUGUGCCUGCCCCUGCUGGAACAGCCUCAGCCCAUUGGAAAUGCUCUCCUGAGCCUGGAGCUCUCCCUCUCACUGGGUCUGUGGCCCCAGAGAGGGGAUCCAAGGCCUGGGAUCAUCCCUGGGGCUGCAGAGGGACUGGAGGGAAUGCUGGACAAAACCCUGUGAUUCCUUUUCCCUAAAUUAUAAUAAUUUACACCAAGGGCAGUUCCUUCUCUGUGUUUUCUUCCUGAACACUCAGCAGGGAGUGACAGAAGUGUCACACUUACCCACCCUCAGCAGCCACUUCCUGAGGGAUAAAAUCCCUAAAUCCAGACAGAACAGGCACUUACAGCUGGAUAACAUCCUGAAAUUACCACAGAAUAACUCCUGACCUUGGGGCUGGCAGGAACCAGAGCCCCCUCUGCACUUGGUUCCAAUGAAUCCACAGAGCAAACGGUGAAUUUUCAUGUUUUUAAUUAAAAGCUUUCCAUUUUUCA